AAACUGCGCAGUGCCAGAGCCGGUCACUGGCUUUCGGAGAGUGAGGCUACGCUGCCAUCGGCACUGGGCUGGUCUUGCGCCGUGCCGGCCGCCAGCAGUAGGCGGCGGAGCAAACAUGAAUGUUGGAGUUGCCCACAGUGAGGUGAAUCCAAACACCCGGGUAAUGAACAGCCGGGGUAUGUGGCUGACAUACACGCUGGGAGUUGGCUUGCUUCAUAUAGUCUUACUCAGCAUUCCAUUCUUCAGUGUCCCUGUUGCUUGGACCUUAACCAAUAUUAUUCAUAAUCUGGGGAUGUAUGUAUUUUUGCAUGCAGUGAAAGGAACACCUUUUGAAACUCCUGACCAAGGUAAAGCAAGGCUUCUAACUCACUGGGAACAACUGGACUAUGGAGUACAGUUUACAUCUUCACGAAAGUUUUUCACAAUUUCUCCAAUAAUUCUAUAUUUUCUGGCAAGUUUCUAUACAAAGUAUGAUCCAACUCACUUCAUCCUAAACACAACUUCUCUCCUGAGUGUGCUUAUUCCCAAAAUGCCACAACUACAUGGUGUUCGGAUCUUUGGAAUUAAUAAGUAUUGAAAUGUCUUGAAAGUCAAUGAAAAUCUUUAAAGCUGCUGAGUUUCUCAUAAGGAAAGAGUGGUUAGUAAACUGCACUGUUUUCUGUGAUAAUGUGAAGCGAAAAUUAUUACAUUGGAAGGCCAAUUGCUGGUUCUUCGUAUGCUAUUGUGAAGUGCAGAGUUCUCAAAGAUGCCUCUGUUUAAUGCAUCUGGUGUAUUUCUGGAGAGAGGCUUUAUAAGCAGACUGGGCAGGCCCAGUGUUUAAUUUAAUGGCAGUACACAGAGGGUAUAGCAGAUAAGUCCAAGGAAGUAAGAGGUUUGUAAAAAACUAGGACCAGCUUAACUUACAACAAAUGGGCAUUAUGUUAGGAAAAGAAAACUUCCAAUCAUUCAGUCACAGUCAGUUUAAGCAGACUUACAUGUAAAUUAGAAUCAUCUCUUUAUAAGUUUAUUGUAGACUGUUUAAUUACCUUAUAUAUUCCUCCUAUCUUAUUUAAGAGGACGUGAACCCUGUUGUUUCAUAUAAGCCAGUUCUUACCUUAUGAUUGUACGUUUUUGUUUUUGCUGGCUCAAUACUAUGUGUUGACAGAUGAGGUCAUUUUUACAUUUAUUACAUUACAGAGUUCAUGAAGGUCCACCUUCAUGAUGAUUGGUGAUAGAAGAUAGCCAGGUAUCUUACAAGCAGCCUGUGAGUCAGUGUUCUAAUUUUGGAACAAAGUAGAUUUUGCUGCUUUUCCAAACACAAGACUGCUAAGCCAAUUAAGAAAAUAAUUUAUUGUAAGCAGUUAAAGUAUAUGGUAACUUAAAGAUCUGCUUGGUUGGUUGAGCAGUUUCAUUUGUAAAAUCUGUGUCCUUUAGAAGAGGAAAUAUAAAGGGGAGAACUAUAGCCAACCUGUGGUCUGGCAAAAACUGCUUCUCUAGCAAUAGUAACAAAGUGACUAAUGGAGUCUUUUCUGUCUUCCUGUUCUGAACCCCAUAUUUUGCCCAUUAAUACCAGUAUUUUGCCUUUAAAUGUGUGGUUCUUAGUGUAGAUAACCUAAAGUGUUAACUAUUUCCAGAGCAACUAUAUUGAAAACUUGUGUUAGGAAAAUGUCCUGUAGUUGCUGACAUUAAUAAGAAAUAAUUACAUGAAAAGUCACAUAUCAAAACAACCAAGUUCUGAUAUGAGGUGAAACUGAGAAAUACAGUAACAUUUACAAGCAAAAUUGAGUGAAAAGAGUUAUAGACCAACUUAAAAAUCAGUUUGGGUCAAAUAAGCUGACUUUUGGGGAUAAUGAUCAUUGUUUUGUAUUUCAAAAUAUUGAGUUUCAAAAUACAUUGUAUGAUACUGCCCUUCUAUGUUUGUCUUUUCCUGUGUAUUUUUAAAUGGUAAUCUGUACUUUAAUAAAAUUUUUCC